AUGGCCCCAGCACGCCGGCUUUCGCGUUUCGUACCGGUGAUGGCCUCGCUCGUGGCACUUGGCGGAGGCCGGGAAAGCGUUGACAGGCUGGCGCCGAAGACAUCACGGCUCUACACCGGCAAAGAUCCUGACAUCACCGACAUUGAGACUCUGGUGAUGCGUAAGGGAUACCCAUUCGAACGUCACGGUGUGGUCACUGACGACGGCUACGUCAUCGAGAUGCACCGAAUACCCUGGGGCAGGGCGGGCAAGCCCACUGGCUCGUCUUCAAAGAGGCAGCCCGUCCUGCUUAUGAGCGGACUGCUCGGUGAUUCCUCGAACUACGUGCUCGACUUUCCGGACCAAUCACUUGGGUUCGUACUGGCGGACCAACAGUACGAUGUUUGGAUUGGCAACGUGCGUGGAAACACUUACGGCAAGGACCACAUAAAACUCAAGGUCCGCUCAAAGGCUUUCUGGAACUUCACCUUUCACGAAUACUCCGUGCUGGACCUGCCAGCGCAGAUUGACUACGUGCUUCGAGCCACGGAGAGGCAGGAUAUUCCUUACGUGGGCGUCUCACAAGGCACGCUCAUUCUGUUCACCAUGCUCUCCGAGAGGCCUGAGUACAACCGAAAGGUGAAGGCCUUUGCCGCGUUGGCUCCAUUCAACAAGCUGUCCCACAUGGACAUCGCCGUGCUAACAGCGUUCACGCCGUACGUCGAAAAAUACAUGACGAAUGGCCACGAAGCUUUCCUGAGGGAAGUGUUCCAGCGAGGCGCCUUCUACAUGCCAAUGGCAAGCACAUUUUGCGCCCUACCCACGCGGGCGGUUUGUUCCUUGAUCGCCGACAAAGUUGGCUACCUGGGAAGCAAGUAUAUGAAUGAGACGAGGCUUCCUGUCUACCUGCAUUUCUUACCUGGGGGUACGUCCUCCAAGAACAUCGUUCACUUCGCGCAGCUUGUAACUUCAGCGCGGCCUCAGAAGUUCGACUAUGGGCCUCGAAGGAACAUGGUUAUUUAUGGUCAGAGGGUACCAGCCGAGUACCGGCUCAGCAAUGUUCGAACGGACGUGGGCAUUUUCUGGAGCCGAGGUGACCACGUGAUUACCCCGCCGAACGUACAGGAGCUCAUCCGGGAACUGGGGCCUCGCGUCAAGAUGGAUCACUUCAUCAAGGACCCGUACUACACGCACGCGCACUUCCUGAUAUCACUGAACAACGCCGACGUGCUGUUCGGGCGACUGCUCGCCUUUCUGGAGAGAUACAACACUGCUGAUUAACGAAUUUUUACGCUCAUAAAG